UCUCUUUCCUUCGAAAUUGUGAAGUGGAAAUAAGGAUUCAAUUUAAGAGCCCGACGUUUUUGGUUUAUUUCAAUUUUCAAAUUUCUACAAUUUUUUUAAUUAAAUUUAGUGGCUGAAUGGCAAAAACCGGACGAGCGGCUCGAUCGGCUCGAACGGUUAACCGCCUCGGCCGCUCGCCAACCGCUACAUAAAACCGGAGCGGCUUUUAGACUGUUCCGAGCCGGUUUUGUGACCGGGUGGCGGUUUUACCUGUCGGGCCGAGCGGCUCGGCUCGGCUUUAAUAACACUGGUUAUGUGGAUAGCUCUUUCAUUAGAAAAUAGAGAUCACGCUUGGGUUGGGACCAACAUAUCAAUACAUAAAAGCAUUUCUAUAUUUGCUUGCAUUGAUUGAGGUAACACAAUUUGUAAAUUAAAUGUAAACACAGUUCUCUAUAGUAUGAGAGUUGAAAGAAGAAAUAUCGAACUAUGUUCACAUUCUUAUUUAUUGUCCCUAAGUUGGUAGCAUAUCUCAUGCUCAACCUCAUGGAUGUAAAUAAGGAAUUUUACAAUACUAUAUAGUAUUGGUGCUAUAGGUUGUACAUUAAACUUGAACUUAUACAUUAAAUGUUAUGGUACAAUUUCAAGUUGUACAUUAAAGCAUCAAUACUUUAUAACAUAGUAAAAGGGCUCGGAUGUAAAUAUGUAAUGCAGAUAUAUCAUGAAGGCAGAGCAUUGUUAUUAGAGGUGGAUAGAUAUGACGAAUCAUUUCAUAAAUAAAUUAAGUUAUACUGAGUUGUGUGAUCAAUAAAUACAGAACUGAAUAUAAAAAACCCUAAAUAAAUGUCGAGGACGCUAUAUAUGUGGUUCACUUUAUAUAACUUUAUCUUGUUAUCAUAUUUUUUGCCUUCUAUCUUCUAACACUUUAUGCAUAUAAAAUUGUCCGUCGAUCACAUAACCAAAAGAAAGAACGUUUACAAACGCCAAAGUCACCACUCAUCAACCAUAACCGACAAGAAAGGGAGAGACAUUUGAGUUGUGUACUAAAGUCGCUAAUUACUCAUUCCCAAAAGGAUCAUCUCAUUCCUUUCUUUUUUUCUACCCCUUCAUCCAUAUAGUCAACAAGCUCAACUUCCUCUUGAGUGAUUAACGGCCCCUUAAACUACCUCAUCAAACGAACAAACUAUGUUUCCACUAUGACCUGAAAUUACGUAGCCGCAAAUAACACGAGAAUGGACCCAUCAUUUCCCUCCUCCGGUCCAUUUAAUUUGGUUGUACUAAUCACCGCCACCACUCCCGGCUUUUACCUCACUUUAUAAACCCCACUCAUCCACCACUUACCACAAAUACUACUACUCGCUAGCUAGCUUAACUAGAGCAAAGCACUUGAUCAACAUAUAAGGAAAAGGAAGAAGAAGAGAAACCAAAAAUGGCUUCUUUCACAUUCCUUCUUCCUCUUCUCCUCCUCUUCAUCUCUCUUCUCCACCCACAUUUGGUCUCCUCCUCCGUCCAAGACCCCGACCUCGUCGUCCAAGACUUCCACAGGGCAAUGAACGAGUCAAGAAGGAAGCUGUCCUACUUAUCUUGCGGGACAGGGAACCCCAUCGACGACUGCUGGCGGUGCGACCCAAACUGGUCAAAAAACCGCCAGCGCCUCGCCGACUGCGCCAUAGGGUUCGGCAAGAACGCCAUCGGUGGCCGAAACGGCAGGAUCUACGUGGUCACCGACUCCAGCGACAACGACGCCGUGAACCCAAAGCCCGGCACCCUCCGUUACGCCGUUAUCCAGGACGAGCCGCUGUGGAUCACGUUCCAGCGCGACAUGGUGAUCACGCUGAAGCAGGAGCUGGUGAUGAACUCCUUCAAGACCAUCGACGGCCGUGGGGCCAGCGUCCACGUGUCCGGCGGCCCGUGCAUCACCAUUCACUACGCCACCAACAUUAUAAUCCACGGGAUCAACAUCCACGACUGCAAGCAAGGAGGCAACGCCAACAUACGCGACUCCCCUCAUCACUCCGGGUGGUGGACCCCGUCGGACGGCGACGGGAUCUCCGUCUUCGCCAGCAAGCACGUCUGGAUCGAUCAUUGCACCAUGUCCAACUGCAGGGACGGGCUCAUCGACGUCAUCCACGGUUCGACCGCCGUCACGAUUUCGAACAACCACUUCACCCAUCACGAUAAGGUCAUGCUGCUGGGGCACAAGGACUCGUACGUUCAGGACAGGAACAUGCAGGUGACGGUGGCGUUCAACCAUUUCGGGGAAGGGCUGGUGCAGAGGAUGCCGAGGUGCAGGAACGGCUACUUCCACGUGGCGAACAACGACUACACGCACUGGGAGAUGUACGCGAUUGGGGGGAGCGCGUCGCCUACCAUCAACAGCCAGGGGAACAGGUUCCUGGCCCCUGACGACCAUUCGAAGAAGGAGGUGACGAAGCACGAGGACGCGCCGGAGGGCGAGUGGAGGAGGUGGAACUGGAGAUCCGAGGGCGACUUGCUGCUGAACGGGGCCUUCUUCCGCCAGUCCGGAGCCGGGGCCGGUACUUUUGCCAGAGCUUCUAGCCUGAGCGCUCGGCCGGCUUCUUUCGUCGCCGCCAUGACUAGCACCGCCGGUGCGCUCACGUGCAGGAAGGGUAACCAUUGCUGACUAUACCGACCAUGAAGUCAACGGUGUCAAGUCGCAUCCAUAUCAUUAUGAUCAAGGCCUUGAACUUGAUGACGAUAAUAUAUAAUAAUAUUACAGAAUUGAUGAACGAGGGCUAAGCUAUGUACCAAUCGCGGCGUCAAUCAAGGCCGGGAAUUUUAAAGGAAAAGAGUUUUUGUUUUUGAAAUUAAAAAAUGUAUCCAUCAUGUCAAAGUACGACCUCUGUAAUAUAAUGUCUUGGUUGGGGAAGAAUGAUGUAGCAUAGCAUGGGGAAUAUUGGACUAUACCAAAACUAAUGUGCCAAUUAGCUAGCCCUAUGGUUACUACACUAAAAACGAACCAAGAGCAGAAGUGUUGACCUGCUUGCUAGUAAUUUUGAGUUUAAUCAAGGUGUCAAUCUUGCAUACUAUCUACUUAUUAUUUAUCCUUUACCAUGUAGUUUAAUGUAGAUCCUACUAAAAUAAAUAAAUAAAAACAUUUUUUUUAUUUCUUGGAGGAUGAAGAUAUAUAAUGUCACUUUUUUUUAUAGAGGCACUACGGGAAAAGUGGCUUUACACAACACUCAGCAUGCAACACUUUCAAAAAGUGUCACAUAAAAUAAAUAUAGACAACACUUUCAUUUUGUGUAACCUAAUAUAUAUCUUAUGCAACACAAAUUAGGAGCACAAUAAUUUUUGUUAUAUAUUUGUAUAAUAUGUGACACUUGUUCAAUAAAAUAAUUUGUGUUACAUAUUCUUAUAUUUUAGACAACACUUAAUAAAAAAUGUUACAUACGGUAUCGAUUUGAUACUUAUUAUUAACUAAUAUUUUGAUAUCAAUCUCGUAUAUCAAUUUCAAACAAACUAGAACUCUCAUUACAACAUUUUAUAAUGCAAACGAAAAAAAUAAUAAUUAAAGAUAGCUUGCUCAAACUAAUUCACGGAGGCGGGACAAAUAAAAAAAGUUAAAAGUUUUGAGUUUUCGGAAAUUUUUUCUCCGUCAAUUAAAACUUAAAAGGUAGGGUAUGGGUUAUUUUCUAUUGAGAACGAAAAGGCUUAGGGUUUAUUUUUGUGUUAGCGCUUAAACCUCCGCCCCCUUUGCCAAUCGCAUAACGAGAGCGGCGAUGUGAAGAGACGACGACAAGUUAGUCAAUUUCGAUUCCAUGUCUUUCGUCAUCAUCGUCAGACCCUCUUAUGUUUCUUCUUUUGCUAUUCUCUAUGUACUCUCUUUUAAUUGUAUUUGGUCUGUAUUUUUGGUGAACCCAGGUGUAUAUAGAGAUGAGAAAUCAUAACAGCGUGUAAUUGAAGUUUAGGGAUGAAAAUGGAGUUGUUUUCUGGAUGAACCUUGAAAAGAUUUACUGGGUGCCCCAAGAUCCGAGGAGGUAAAAUUUUAUUUGUUCUACUUAUCUAAUUAUGUUUGACAUGUCUCGUUGGUUCUAAUUAGUGUUUUCCUUCUAUCCAUCAUUGUUAAUAAUUGGCAGUCCCAAACUCCCAGUUUUCAAUUCCAUACAUCUAUUCUCCACCAGGUUGCUACUUGGAAUAUGGUAAAGAUGGAAGAAACCUCUUUAGAUGUAAACUUUAAUCUAUUUGGAAGAGGUUAAUUGAGUAUGGUUAAUAAUUAGUGGCUCAUACGUUCUACAUGCUUUGUUUUCCAUAGGCAAUUACUUGUCCUUAAUUUUAUGAAAUUAGUUUAUAGUAUUUAUCAGAAGUGUUAAUUAGACAUUGUUAUAAAUCAAUCAAUUUCAGGGAUUUAUACAAGGGAUUGCAUCUGCUCUUCUUUUAUGGCUGAUGGCUUUGGAAGUCAGGGUCAAUGACAACAUACUUGCGAGCAGGAGGUCACCCUUGCUAGACUCUAUUGAUCACGAAUGAGUUUGUAUGAAGCUCACCUUGAAUCCGACACAAGAAAUGGCAUCAGAUGAG